AUAAAACUAUUCACAGAAAAGUAAGUGAACAAGAUGAUAGUUUAUACACUCAGUGCGUUCAGUGCAAUUAUAUUGAUUGGAUUAUGCAUAGCGGAAGAGCUUCCUGUAACCACUUGCAAGCGGAAUUCUUCUAACUAUUUCAAUUGCUUAAAACUUGCGGUAGAGGAAUCAUGGCCACAAUUUAUUAAAGGACUUCCAGAAUUUGACUUUCCACCUUUGGAUCCUUUGUCUUACAAACACGGCACUUUUGACUUUGAUAGAGGCGAAGUACAUGGAAAAAUAACCAUAAAAAAUGCUAUUGCGUAUGGUUUAAAGAAUGCUAAAUUUGCGGCUGUAAGAGCGCAUUUUCUCGAUGAUAUCUUUCGUUUGGAAAUUGAUACACAAGUACCGAAACUGUUUCUCGAAGGUGAUUGUGAAGCAGAAGGUAGGAUAGGCGGAUUUAAAAUGGGCGGAAAAGGAAGCUAUAAUCUAACUAUAGACGAUAUUAGAGGAACAUGGGAUUUAAUAGGACAUGUAGCAAAUGAUACAUGGACUGUAGAACAUUUUUAUUGUCGUCCCACAGUUAAAAAUAUGAAAAUUUAUUUGAACAAUUUGUUCGAUGGCAAUAAAGAGUUUAAUGAUCUUGCAAUGUAUUUUGCGAACGAAUACUGGCCGAUUCUAUAUCGCUCGAUGUUACCAGUAACAUCUGAAAUAUGGGACCCAUGGUUGAGUGGCUUCGCCAAUCGCCUUUUCUCAAAAGUUUCCUUCUCGAAAUUAUUUCCAUAAAAUUUUAACAUUUGCCCCUUCAGCAUAUAUUAAAGAGUGCCAGACUCUACAUAGAACUUAAAAUAUAUUAAAAUUAGAUAUCAGAUAGAAAUAAAAAUAUUUAGAUAGAAAUAACACACACAAUUAAAUACUAAAUAGUAUAAUAUUACCUACUAAACGAUGCACACAUGCAUGCGCCAUUUGCUUAACAAUAUUAAUUUUCUAAAUAGAUUUUUUAACAAUA